AUGUCCAAGGUCGUCUCCUACGAAGAGCUCCAGGCCCACACCAAGAAGGACAACCUCUACGUCCUCAUUCACGACAAAGUCUACGACGUCUCCAAGUUCCUUGACGAGCACCCUGGAGGCGACGAGGUGAUCUUGGCUGAGGCUGGUAAGGAUGCCACCGAGGCAUUCGAGGACGUCGGCCACUCUGACGAGGCCCGGGAGCUCCUCCCUCCCAUGCUCGUCGGCGAGUUCAGCAAGGAAGACGCUGCCAAGUUCAAGACGGGUCGCUCUAGCCAGGCUAACAACGCUGCCUCCCAUGCCGUUGAGCAGGGGUCAAACUUGAUGUACUUUGUCCCUCUCACUCUUCUCGGCGCAUACUUCGCGUGGCGCUUCUAC